CAAUGUUAAGGCCAGAGUUCAGACAUAUGCUGAACAUCUGUCCAGAAAUACAAAGGUCGGAUCCUAAUAUUCUUCAAGGUGUUGGUCUAAGCUGGACAGCUCCAAGGCAAGAUAUGAUAAAUUUGCUUCACGGGAUUAGUCCUGAAAUGAACCAGAAUGCUUUGCUGCAAAGGGCUAGUCCCGGAAUGAAUCAGGAUGAGUUUGGACAUUUUCCUAUUGGUCAAGGCUUCAAUAUGAACCAUGGACAACUAAUGCCAAAUUUUAUAUCCGGAACAGUGGGCGAGCAAGAGCUUCCGAGGUUUCCUUCCAUGAACUCGAUGUCCAAUUCACAACUUCCUAAUAUUGCUCAAUUAGCUCAAAUGCUACCAUCUUCAAGCAAUUUCAGCUCACUCGAGCAACAGAUUUCAAUGAAGCAUCAGCUGGAGGUUAACAGAGUACGUCUCAAUAUUUUACAGUCUUGUUUCAUAAAAUGAAAUGAAUAUGAGAGAAGAUUUAACUUGUUUUGCAGGU